AUGGGGGACUUAAAUGCUAGGUCGACCGCCUGGGGUGACACUUAUGUUAAUCCCAGGGGGCCGCUUCUGGAGGAGUGGGCGGCAGAGUUAGGGCUUCUUUUUAUUAAUAGGGGGACGGAGCCUACAUGUGUACGACCACAGGGAGUGUCACGGGUAGAUGUCACGCUUGCCUCCUCAAACUUCGCAUGGAGGUUGUCUAGAUGGGAGGUAAUCAGGGAAUUGGAGACAUUUUCAGAUCACCGCUACAUUAGGUUUGUCGUUAAUGCUUCUGUAGGGCCACCUCUGAGGCCACGGACCAGUCGUCGGACUUUUCCGCGCUGGACCGUUGGUCGACUUAACCGGGAGCGAGCGGAAGAGGUUGCCAUUGUUAAAGCGUGGUGUGCGGAUUCGACCCCGGUUGAAUGCGUGGAGGAGGGCGUCCGCAGACUCCAACGGAACAUGACUGAGGUGUGCAACGCCUCAAUGCCUAAGUGGAGACCGCCACCUCAGCGAAAGGCAAUCUACUGGUGGACGCGGGAAAUCGAAGACUUUCGCAGGGUAUGUAGUGGUGCUAGGCGGGCCUAUCUUAGGAGCUGCCGACGAAGAAGUGAUGAUCCGCAGGUCAGAGAGGGGUUGCGGUUGGUUUACUGUAGACACAAGAAGGUUCUUCAAGUGGCCAUCUUAGACGCCAAGAAUGAGGCACAUAAAAAGUUCUUAAAGGAGUUAGACAGUGAUCCAUGGGGGCGCCCUUACCAAGCAGCUCGGAAAAGGCUAAAGGGCGCAGGGGCUCCCCUAACGGAGACUCUUGAGCCCGCCUUGCUUGAUAGGGUGAUUUCGGGGCUUUUCCCUCUGCCUCCGAACAUCGUCCCUCCGAGAAUGGUGACCUCGGUGGUGGAUGGGGACGUCGAUAGAGAGCAAGCUCCUGAGGUGACUGACUCCGAAAUAGAGUCCAUACUUUGUCGCCUGAAGAGCAGAAAGAAGGCACCAGGCCCAGAUGGCUUGCAUGCUAGGGUCCUGGCGGUAACUUUUCCUUACAUGGGGGAAACCAUUCGGGGUCUGUUUGACUUAUGUUUACGUAGUGGACGGUUCCCGACGGCAUGGAAGGAAGGCCAAUUGUGUCUCAUCCGAAAAGAAGGUCGUGCGCCGAACAGCCCUGGAGCUUACCGGCCCAUAAUUCUCUUAGACGAAGCUGGUAAGGCGUUGGAGUGGAUUAUUGCCUCUCGUUUGGGCCGUCACCUCUCGAUCGUGGGGCCGGACCUGGACGAGGCCCAAUAUGGCUUCCGGGCUGGACGCUCUACGAUCGAUGCUCUCAUGGACCUAAAACAGUACACCAAGAGAGUAGUCGAGCGGGGUGGGAGGGCGUUGGCAGUGUCUCUUGACAUUGCUAAUGCCUUUUUUAAUUGUAUUUUUCGGGGUUCCCCUGUACUUGCGCCAAAUAGUAGGGAGCUAUUUGGAAGGACGACAGGUGGCAGUUGUGAACGGACAGGGUGA